AUGGCACCAGAUACAUAUAUUGGAUCUGUUGAAAAGACCAGGACCGAAAUGUGGUGUUUUGAUGUAGAGUCCGAGUCGAUGAAGUUCCAAGAAGUCACCAUUGUGCCUGGUUUGUACAAGAUAUUUGAUGAGAUUCUUGUUAAUGCAGCCGAUAAUAAGAUUAGGGACCCAUCAAUGAAGAAUAUCAAGGUCAAGAUUGAUCCUGAAAACAAUGUUAUACAAGUGAUGAAUGAUGGGAAAGGUAUUCCAGUAGAGAUUCAUACCAAGGAGAAAAUGUACAUUCCAGAAUUGAUCUUUGGUAACUUGUUGACCUCAUCGAAUUAUGAUGACGAUCAAAAAAAAGUCACUGGUGGUAGAAACGGGUUUGGUGCCAAGUUGUGUAAUAUCUUUUCUACCCAAUUUGAAGUGGAAACGGCAGAUUUAAAUACUGGUAAAUUGUAUAAACAAGUUUGGACAGAUAAUAUGACCAAAGUUGGUAAACCAAAGAUUACCACAUUAAAGACCAAAAAAGAAUAUACCAAGAUUACAUUUAUGCCUGAUUUGCAAAAAUUUGGUAUGGAUAGUCUUGAUGAAGAUCUUCUUUCCGUGUUGAGACGAAGAGUUUAUGAUUUGUGUGGAACGGUGAGAAACUGUAACAUAUAUUUGAAUGACAAGAGAUUAAGUGUCAAUAGUUUCAAAGCCUAUGUUGAAAUGUAUGUGAAGGCCAUUAGAGAAAGGAGUCCAGAACCAGAAGGCGAUGCUGAGAGUAAACCUGCAACAACAACAAUUGUUCAUGAGGUGUUUAAUGAUCGAUGGGAAGUUGCAUUUGCUGUUAGUGAUGGAAAUUUCAACCAAGUCAGUUUUGUCAACUCUAUUGCCACAACGGCAGGUGGUACUCAUGUAAAGUACGUGUCUGAUCAAAUAAUCACUAAAUUGGUGGAAACAUUAUCGAAAAGAGAAAAGGGGAAAAAGAAACUUAUGAUUAAGCCUCAAGAAGUUAGAGACAAUAUGUUUAUAUUUAUCAACUCGCUAAUUGAGAAUCCGGCAUUCACAUCACAAACAAAAGAACAGUUGACCACCAAGCCUUCUCAAUUUGGAGGCAAAGAAAAGUUUAUUGCCACAGAGAAUCUCAUCAACAGAAUACUCAAGACAGGAAUAGCUGACAAGAUUCGUGCAAUUGCAAAUGCCAAUGAGGACAAGGCAUUGCAAAAAGCUGAUGGAAGCAAGAAACUGCGGAUCAAGAAUCAAGUUAAUUUGGUUGAUGCGAAUAAAGCAGGAACAAAAGAUGGGUUGAAAUGUACACUUAUUUUAACUGAAGGUUUAUCUGCGUUGAACUUGGCGGUUGCUGGUUUAACUGUUGUUGGUAGAGAUUAUUACGGGUGUUUCCCAUUGAGGGGUAAAUUGCUCAAUGUCCGUGAAGCAUCGGCGGAUCAAGUUUCGAAAAACAUUGAGAUCAAUGCUUUGAAACAGAUCAUUGGUUUGCAGCACAAGAAAGUGUAUACACAAGAGAAUAUCAAGUCAUUAAGGUAUGGACACAUAAUGAUCAUGACAGAUCAGGAUCAAGAUGGAUCACAUAUCAAAGGGUUGAUCAUUAAUUUUUUGGAGACAUCGUUCCCAGGGUUAUUGGAUAUACCUGGGUUUUUGUUGCAGUUCAUUACUCCAAUUGUUAAAGUAACGGUUAAUGGUAGAGGUGCCAAAAAGGUGAUUCCCUUUUACAGUAUGCCCGAAUUUGAGGCGUGGAGAGAAGGCGAGGGUCAAAAUUGCAGAUGGACUCAAAAGUAUUACAAGGGUUUAGGUACAUCAACACCCCUUGAAGCGAGAGAGUAUUUUACUGCCUUGGAUAGACAUUUGAAGAGAUUCCAUGCCCUCCAAGGUGAAGAUGCAAGUUGCAUUGAUUUGGCGUUUUCGAAAAAGAAGGCCGAUGAUAGAAAAGAAUGGUUGCAGAAUUUUGUUCCUGGUGAUAAUCUUGACCCUGAGAUGAAUGAAAUACCAAUUAGUGACUUUAUCAACAAGGAACUUAUUUUGUUUUCCAUGAGUGAUAAUGUGAGAAGUAUUCCCUCGAUGCUUGAUGGGUUGAAACCUGGUCAAAGAAAAAUAUUGUAUGGUUGCUUCAAGAGGAAAUUGAAAAACGAGAUUAAGGUUGCCCAAUUGGCGGCGUAUGUUGCAGAUGUUAGUUCAUAUCAUCAUGGUGAACAAUCGCUUGUUCAAACUAUUAUUGCUAUGGCACAAAACUUUGUUGGUUCGAAUAAUAUCAAUCUUCUCAAACCCAAUGGUGCUUUUGGUUCAAGAGCCACUGGUGGUAAAGAUGCAGCUGCUGCGAGAUAUAUUUUUACUGAAUUGAAUGAAAUCACAAGAACGAUUUUCAAUGAGGCAGAUGAUCCAUUGUUGAAUUACUUGCAGGAUGAUGAAAGUACGGUUGAGCCGCAAUGGUAUUUACCCGUAUUACCCAUGAUUUUGGUUAAUGGUGCUGAUGGUAUAGGUACUGGGUGGUCUACAAACAUUCCUUCGUAUAACCCAUUGGAUAUUGUUGCUAACUUGCGCAGGUUGAUGCGUGGCGAGCCUAUGGAGGAAAUGAAUCCUUGGUACAAAGGUUGGUACGGAGAUAUUGAAAAAGUGGGUCCACAAAAGUUUAAAAUCAGUGGUAGAAUUGAACAAAUUGAUGAUAAUACUAUUGAGAUUAGUGAAGUACCGGUAAAGACAUGGACGAAUACUGUUAAAGAAUUUUUGCUUGCUGGUUUAGGGAAUGAAAAGACUGUGCAGUGGAUCAAGGAUAUGGAAGAGCAACAUACCACAUCAAUAAGAUUUGUUGUGAAACUUAGUGAUGCUGAAAUGGCCAAGGCGUUAUCGGUAGGGUUAUUGGAAAAGUUUAAACUUGUGUCGACCAUUAGUUUGGCGAAUAUGGUUGCGUUUGAUCCUCAUGGACGGAUCAAAAAGUACCUGGAUGUUUUGGACAUUGUUAAGGAUUUCUAUUUUGUUCGAUUAGAGUAUUAUGAAAAGAGGAAAAACCACAUGUUGGAGAUUCUUCAACACAAACAUUCGAUGAUUAGCGAGCAAGCGAGGUUUAUCAAGAUGAUUAUUGAUAAGCAAUUGUCUGUUGCCAACAAGAAGAAGAAGGAGUUGAUUGGAAUACUUGAGGCAAACAAGUUUUUGAAAUUCACAAAGGAUGGAAGACCAAUUGAGCAAGUUGUAGUUGAUGAUGAUGAUGAUGAUGAAGAUGAGGAUGUAAUUGAUGGUGCUGGUGGUGCUGGUGUGGAUGGUAUUGCUGGAGGUGAGGCUGAUAUUUCGCAGUUGAACCUCAAGGAAGUCGAUGAAAACCCAACCAAUGAGCACCGUCCUGAAACGGUUUCAUCUUCGUACGAUUAUAUUUUGGGUAUGACAAUUUGGUCUUUAACACAUGAACGAUAUGUCAAGUUGCUUGCAGAGAAGGAGAAAUACCAAAACCAGUUGCAGGAUUUGGUGAGCAAGACUUCGGUUGAUUUGUGGAUGCAUGAUUUGGAUGUUUUUGUUGAGGCUUACGAGUUGUUUUUGGCAAGAGAGGAGCAAGAAAGAGAAAGUCUUUCGACUGGUGGAAAUAAAAAGAAUGGGACGAGUCGAAGGAGAAAGAAGGUUGGUGCUGCUACUCCGGCGGUGAAGAAAGCUAAGAUUGAAAAGACAAAAGUGGACAAGAAGCCAGCUGUAAUGAUUGAAGAGCUUGCUUCUGAAACUUUGACUCCUGGACCAACAAGUGCAACUGCAACUGCAACUGCAAAGGCGAAUGUAAGGUCGAAUAAGAAUGUUAGAGUUAAGGAAGAAAAGUUAGAAUCUGACAAUGGUACCAAUAGUGCAACUGGUGCUGCAUCGCAAGACAAGAGUGGUGACAAUAGUAAAAAGAGUAUUUUGUCGUUUUUCAGUCCGGCAAAGAAGGGUUUUUCGUCAAGAAAAUCGUCUCUGUUUGGUGAUGAUGAAGAUGAUGAUGAUGUGUUUGAAAAAGUGCAACCUUCCAAGACAAAGAGUGCUGCUUCUGACAAUAGCAACAAUAUAUUGGACGAAUUAGAUGAUUUGGAUAUAUUGGGCAAGAAAGCUGAGAUUCUUGAAAGUAGAACCAGAGGUGCCAAAAAUAGUAGUGGCAGUGGUGUUGGCGGUAGUUUCAAGGAGAGUACGCCUGUUGAAGAGCCUAAGCGUGUGAAAAAGAGAGUUAUCAGCGUUUUUGAUGAUAGUGAUGAUGACUACGAAGAUGAUUAA